CAAAGAUGGCGGCGGGCUCCGAUUUGCUGGAUGAUGUUUUCUUCAACACAGAGGUGGACGAAAAAGUAGUUAGUGACAUAGUCGGAUCUCUGGAGUCUGAACUAACUGGGGCAGGUCACGUCAACACAGCGGUCAGGGUCCAGUCUGCAGCAAGUCACUUUGUUAAUUCAGCUGCCGAUAGUAAUUCCAAUGUUCAGGGCAGCAAAAUGGGACUUUCUCAACAAGAGCUUGCUAAAGCAGGGACGAGAGUCCACGGAGGUGUCAUUAACAGUACAGGGUCCCAGGGUUCAAGCAUGGAUGGAGCUGAAGGGACCAAUUCAGCGGCGGGACCGAGCGUGACAGCCGCACAGACUCAGUCCAAGCCGGCGACAGCUAGCGGAGUUGUUACGGUAGUAACCGACGCAACGUCUGGUGUUGGGAAACCUGGGACGACUGGUGUUCAAACUUUGAAUGGAAGUACCGUGGUGGUGAACUGUCACACACCCGGAGGCGCAUCUGUUGACAGCAGCAGUAAAAACUCUCAGUCCGCUGUUCCGGCUGUCAACAACGGACCUGGAUCUUUGAGCAAAGGAAACACAGCGGUUUUGCCUGACACACCACCGAGUACUAUUAUACGAACUUCUUCGACAAGUGUGCAAAAUGCUGUGACUGCGCCUGUGAACAGUGUACCCACAGUCACGCUUGCAAGGCCACCUAUGCAAACUCUUAUCAAUACCUCGCAAAGCGGCGGCACCCCCCCCACUGUUGUAACAUCAGCAGCCGUCACUGUCACCAGCACCACUGCUGCUGCCACCAACAACCCUGACACUUCUAAGCCUGUGUUGCAGACAGGCGCAGCCGUUGUGGCUUCAGGUGUUGUAUCGGUGCCAGCUGCGACCAUAAAGAGCCCGACUGUUGUGCAAAACUUAAGGACUUCUGUGCCGUCGACGAUAGCUGCAGCUCCUGUCGGUGGAAUACGAGCGAUUGCUCCACAGGUGUUGGCCCCUCGACUCACCCAGCCACAACAAAACGCUCCAAACAUCCAAAACAUUCAGCUCCCACCAGGCAUGGUCUUAGUUCGCAGUGAGAGUGGGCAGCUGCUGAUGAUUCACCAGCAGACGUUGGCUCAGAUGCAGGCUCAAUCACAGUCCCAAAGUGCCAUGACACCCCGACCUGCAGUCCCCACCAGCACUCCACCUGUCCAGAUCACCUCUAUACAGGCCCCAGGUGCAUCACUGUUGGCUCGCCAGGUUAACCCCACCACCAUUAUCAAACAAGGUACUACAGUUCAGACCACUGUGACAGCCACCACCACACUGCAGCGGCCUCCUGUUCUGCAGAACACCAUCAUGCUGGGAGGAACGGCCACCACUGUGGGACAGCCCACCACAGUGCAGCCUGGAUCUGCAGCCACAGCAGUAACACAGAGGGUAGGACCCCAUGGGACCACUGGGACCCCUGUCACUCCAACAGCUAUCACAGCUGAAACACUGGAGAAUGUAAAAAAAUGCAAAAACUUUUUUUCAACGUUGAUCAAACUGGCAUCAAAUGGGAAACAGUCCUCUGAAACGACAGCUAAUGUCAAGGAGCUGGUCAAGAACCUGCUGGAAGCAAAGAUAGAGCCUGAAGAUUUCACCAGUAGAUUAUAUCAGGAGCUCAACUCCUCACCACAGCCCUACCUUGUGCCUUUCUUAAAGAGAAGUCUCCCAGCACUGCGUCAGAUGACCCCAGACUCAGAGGCCUUUAUCCAGCAGAGCCUGCUUCCUCAGCCCAGCACUCAGCCUACUGCUGCAGCCUCCACAGCCCUCACCGCUGUGGUGCUGCGACCCCCCCUCUCCAGCGCUGCCACUGUAGUGACCAGCACCCCUGUGACCAAAACCACAGUCAUCAGCCUCACUCAGACGCCUCACAGUAAACCCAGCCUGAUUGUGCCCCAGCAACAUGGAACGAUGGUGAGGCCUCAGGUGACCUUAACUAAGUCUCCCAUAGUAACACUCAGAGGACAGUCUCACAGUCGCAUCAUUGUUGGCCAGCCACAGGUGGUCAAACAACUGCAGACAGUAGUACCAACAGCAAAGCCGACAUUGGCUCCAUUCGUCAAAGGAGUACAAGUAGUCGGUCAGGCAGCGCUCAUUGCUGCUCAGAAGAACAAGCUGAAGGAAGCAGGAGGAGGAACAUUCAGGGACGACGAUGAUAUCAAUGACGUGGCCUCAAUGGCAGGAGUCAACUUGUCGGAGGAGAAUGCUCGUAUCCUAGCAACCAACUCUGAGCUUGUUGGCGCAGUCACUCGCUCCUGUAAGGAUGAGACCUUCCUUUCCACCUCUUCUCUUACCCGCAGAACUAUUGAGAUUGGAAGGAAGUUUGGUAUCAGUGACUUGGGGACAGAUGUCAUCAACUUCAUUUCCCAUGCUACUCAGCAACGGCUACAAAACCUGUUGGAAAAAGUGUCCCAAGUGGCACAGCAGAAAAACAUAACAUUUAAGGAAGACGAGCGGUACGAGCAGGUCAAUGACGUGCGAGCUCAGCUGAAGUUCUUCGAGCAGCUGGAUCAGAUGGAAAAGCAAAGAAAGGAGGAGCAGGAGAGAGAGAUCCUCUUAAAGGCUGCUAAGUCUCGGUCAAGGCAAGAGGACCCCGAGCAGCUCCGACUUAAACAGAAGGCUAAAGAGAUGCAGCAGCAGGAGCUAGCUCAGAUCAGGCAAAGAGAAGCCAACCUAACAGCGCUGGCAGCAAUCGGCCCCAGGAAAAAACGGAAAAUGGACUCUCCUGUUAGGGGUGCCAGCGCAGAGAGCUCAGGGUCUGGCCCCUCCCAACCUGGAGGCUCCAGCGCAUCAGGCUCCAGACAGUUUAUGCGACAGCGCGUCACCAGAGUCAACCUCAGGGACCUGCUCUUCUGCCUGGAGAACGAAAGAGGGACCAGUCACUCACACCUGCUCUACAAAGGCUUCCUCAAAUAGCGUUCGUAUUAAAACGACUCGUCUCACUCAGUAGCAUUAAGGAAGCAGAGUUGACUGCCAGCUCAGACCCUUUUCCCACCAGUACCUUGGUUUGAUCAUUCUCCGUCAGAUGAUGAGAUGUCUAUCGGUGGGAGCGGAAUUAUCUGGAACACAGAAAAGACGUCAGCUUUUAAAAGCGUUUAAACACAGGCCUUUUGUAUUUCCACCACGAAGGCGGAGCAGAUAUUCCAACUCGGGCCUCCGAUUUCAGCAUGCGUCUCAGCUCAGUUCGCUCCACAGAGAGGAAUUGCACUCAAAUACGCUUCACUCAUGCACAGCUGCGCACGAGGAACAUGUCAUUAUCUGAACGCUUCACAACGGAAAAACAUUGCCAGUGUCACUGCACUGACGUCAGUGCUGUAGCAGCACGUCGAUGUGAAGUGGUGCUUUAAAAUAAAAAAAAAAGUGCAAAAUUCAGGCGUAACAGUCUGAUUUUACAAGACCUCUGUUUUCAACGUAAGCACUCUGAGAAGAACGCAAAGACAACCAUGUCUAUUUAAGUUCUUGAUAGACAUUUUAAUUUAUCCCACAUUUAUACUCUAUUUUUUUAGCAGUUUUAAUACCUGUGGAUUGUUUUACAGAGACUAAUAGUCCUGUCAUCUGCUGAGUUGCCUUCUCACCAAAUUAAGCCAUAUGAAUUAGAAUGUGUUGAACAGCGACUAUGAGAGAAUCCAUCACUUUAUUCAUGACUUCUCUUCACAUGCAUUGGAUGUGUGUGUUUUCUUUUUGUCUUUGCUUGGGAAAAAAAAAAAAAAA